CCCUUCCUUCCUUAUCACACCCAACUCCUCUCCCCCAUCCUUAUACAUCUCCUUUCCUUCCUUUCUCUUGUCUUUCUUCCCAGCAGCGGAUUAUAUCGACCUCUCCAUUGUUCUCCGCCUCCGCCUCCGCAACCCGAAUUCCCAAACUCCAUCAGCCUCUCGCUCCUGCAGGCUUGGAUUCCAGUCUUAGCUUGUCCCCUCAACCCGAGAAGAACUCAGGAAUGGCACCGAGGAGCAACCGUGGAAAGGCCAAGGGCGAAAAAAAGAAGAAGGAAGAGAAGGUUCUUCCAGUCGUCAUGGAUAUCACCGUAAACCUUCCCGAUGAAACUCGUGUGCCAUUAAAGGGAAUAUCGACAGACAGGAUUAUAGAUGUACGACGAUUAUUAUGUGUGAAUACAGAGAGCUGCCAUAUAACAAAUUUCUCAUUAUCUAACGAGGCGAGAGGGCCACGGUUAAAAGACGCCGUUGAGGUCUCAGCUCUGAAGCCAUGUGUGCUCGCCUUGGUGGAAGAGGACUACGAUGACGAGCGCGCGGUGGAGCACGUCCGGCGACUGCUCGACAUCGUCGCUUGUACGACGUGCUUCGGCCCGUCGGAGUCGGCCGAUGACCUUCCGAAGGCGGAUGCUGCGGCCGGCAAGGCUCCGAAGAAGUCGAGCAAAUGUCGAGCCAGCACCAAGCAGGCACCACCACCGAAGUCGUCAAAGGACGCGCCGGGGGACGGGGACGGUGACAUGAGCCACUACUCCCCCAAGCUCGGGAGCUUCUACGAGUUCUUCUCCCUCUCCCACCUCACUACUCCUCUACAAUUCAUUAGGAAGGUGGCGAAGCGGCAGGUGGAGGAGAUAUCUACGGAUGACCAUCUGUUUUCGCUUGAUGUGAAGCUGUGCAAUGGAAAGCUGGUUCAUGUUGAGGCGUGCAAGAAGGGAUUCUACAAUGUUGGAAAGCAGCGAUUUUUAUGCCACAACUUAGUUGAUCUAUUGCGGCAUAACAGCAGAGCAUUUGACAAUGCAUAUGAUGAACUUAUGAAAGGAUUUUUGGAGCGAAACAAGUUCGGGAAUCUUCCUUAUGGCUUUAGAGCCAACACAUGGCUCAUACCUCCAGUUGCAGCACAGUCGCCAUCUGUUUUUCCUCCAUUACCUGUGGAGGAUGAAAGAUGGGGAGGAAAUGGAGGUGGCCUUGGAAGGGAUGGCAAAAGUGACUUGCUACCAUGGGCUAAUGAUUUCUUGUUUCUUGCAUCCAUGCCUUGCAAGACAGCUGAGGACAGGCAGGUACGGGAUAGGAAAGCAUUCCUCCUCCAUAGCCUGUUCGUUGAUGUUGCCAUCUUCAGGGCGGUUUCAGCUGUACAGCAUGUACUGGCGAAUCCAGACCUAAUUAAUGAGGCUGGGGAGACAGCGUUCUUAUACUUGGAGAGGGUGGGAGACUUGAAGAUUACAGUAGGAAAGGAUUCUUCCAAUGCGAGUCGUAAGGUUGAUACCAAAAUCGAUGGAAUCCAAGCAACUGGAGUAGGUCAGAGGGAUUUAGUGGUGAGGAACUUGCUAAAGGGGAUCGCUGCUGAUGAAAAUACUGCUGCCCAUGAUAUUUCUACAUUGGGUGUUGUGAAUGUAAGAUAUUCUGGUUAUAUUGCUACGGUAAAAGUUGAGGGAAAAGCAGAUGAGAAAGUGAUUCCCACAUCCUCAAGUAUCGAUCUUCUUGAUCAGCCUGAAGGUGGCGCCAAUGCCCUUAACAUUAACAGUCUGAGAUUACUACUACACACAAAAGCAGUGCCAGAACAGACCAAAACAGUUCAACAUCUGCAUCUUCCUGAGCAGGAAGAGCUCAAUGCUUCCCGUGUUUUUGUGGAGAAACUUUUGGAAGAUAGUCUUGCACAGCUGGAGAAAGAGGAUGAAGAAAAGAGCCAAUUUAUCAGAUGGGAACUUGGAGCCUGUUGGAUUCAGCAUUUACAAGAUCAGAACAAUGCUGAAAAGGACAAGAAGACCCCUGGGGAGAAGCCUAAGAAUGAAAUGAAGGUCGAGGGACUUGGCAAACCUCUUCGAUCUCUCAAGAACAAUAAGAAAAAUUCUGAUGCAAACAAUCUAGGAACAAAGUCGGAGAAUUCAAAACCUAUAACAAAUGGUGUUGUUGGUGGCCCUGAGAAUUCUCUCAUGCCUUCUAAGGAUUGUGGACUCCAAUCAGUUGUGAGAGAAAAUGAACUUGCUCUGAAGAAUAUGUUAUCUGAUGCUGCUUUUGCCCGACUAAAAGAGUCAGAAACCGGUCUCCACUGCAAGUCUUUGCAAGAGCUCAUCGACCUUUCAGAAAAAUAUUACAAUGAUGUUGCUCUUCCAAAACUGGUUGCAGAUUUUGGUUCAUUAGAACUUUCACCAGUUGAUGGUCGGACUCUGACAGAUUUCAUGCAUACUAGAGGUCUUCGUAUGCGUUCUCUUGGACAUGUUGUGAGGCUUUCUGAGAAGUUAUCACAUGUACAAUCCCUUUGUAUCCAUGAGAUGAUAGUACGCGCAUUCAAGCAUAUUCUCCAAGCUGUGAUUUCUGCUGUCGUGGAUAUUGAGAAAAUGGCAGCAUCAGUAGCUGCUGCACUGAAUUUGAUGCUUGGUGUGGAUCAAAAUGUAGAACAAGACGAGAGCUGCCCUAUUCAUCCCCUUAUAUGGAAAUGGCUGAAGGUAUUUCUGCUAAAGAGGUAUGACUGGGAUAUAAGCAGCCUAAACUACAAAGAUGUGAGGAAAUUCACCAUCUUACGAGGAUUAUGUCAGAAGGUGGGUGUUGAGUUAGUCCCUAGGGAUUUUGAUAUGGAUUCUCCAAAUCCUUUCAGCAAGGCAGAUGUUGUCAGCUUGGUUCCAGUGCAUAAGCAAGCAGCAUGCUCAUCUGCCGACGGAAGGCAGCUCCUGGAAUCAUCUAAAACUGCUUUGGAUAAGGGAAAACUUGAAGACGCGGUAGCCUAUGGGACAAAGGCUCUUGCAAAACUGGUAGCAGUUUGUGGUCCUUAUCAUCGAAUGACUGCAGGAGCAUACAGUCUUCUCGCUGUAGUCUUGUAUCAUACAGGAGACUUCAAUCAGGCUGCAAUCUACCAGCAAAAGGCCCUGGACAUCAAUGAGAGGGAGCUAGGUCUUGAUCAUCCAGAUACAAUGAAAAGUUAUGGGGAUCUUGCUGUGUUUUAUUACCGACUUCAACAUACAGAGCUUGCUCUCAAAUACGUGAAGCGUGCUCUCUAUCUUUUACAUCUUACUUGUGGUCCUUCUCAUCCGAACACGGCUGCAACAUACAUUAACGUGGCAAUGAUGGAAGAAGGCCUUGGAAAUGUUCAUGUCGCCCUCAGAUAUCUCCACAAAGCCUUAAAAUGCAACCAAAGGUUACUUGGUCCAGACCAUAUUCAGACUGCAGCAAGUUACCAUGCUAUAGCAAUUGCCCUCUCCUUGAUGGAAGCCUAUCCACUAAGUGUUCAGCAUGAGCGGACAACUUUGCAAAUUCUGCGAGCAAAAUUGGGUCCAGAUGAUCUGCGAACACAGGAUGCUGCUGCUUGGCUUGAAUACUUUGAGUCCAAGGCUUUUGAGCAGCAAGAAGCUGCAAGAAACGGAACCAAAAAGCCUGAUGCAUCAAUUGCCAGCAAAGGCCACCUAAGUGUAUCUGACUUGCUUGACUACAUUAAUCCAAAUGACGAUGCAAAGGAGAAAGAUUCAGUGGCAGUGCGGAGGAGAAUUCAUAGUGCAAAGGCAAGAGAAAAAUCUCUCAAGAACAAUGAGCUGCCAAGUUCCACUGAAUCUGCAGAGGAAGUCCUCAAGGAUGUUAUAAAUGGGGAGACACGAUCACUAGAAACAGGAAGCAGCACGGACACCGACCAGGAAACAAGCUUUAAGGUGGAAGUUAAUAUGGCUACCGACCAGGAGACAGAACCUAAACUUGUUCACACGCAACAGUCUAUGGUGGACGAUAUAGCAGAAGAGAAGCCUAUAGCUGCUGAAAAGAUUGCCGCUUCUGAGGGGCAUGCUGAUGGAGAUGAUGGGUGGCAGCCAGUUCAAAGGCCACGAUCAGCUAGUUCUUUCAGUCGUCGGUUAAAGCAGCGGCGAGCAAUGAUUGGAAAGGUCUAUAGUUAUCAGAAGAAGAGUGCAGAUGCUGAUGUGAAUUAUUCUCCUGUCGUGAGUACUCAUCCCAACAAUAGGUAUUACCUUGUGAGGAAAAGGGCUGUCUCUCAUGGAACUUCCAGUGAUCAACAUAAUCCGAAUCCGCCCCAAGUUCCCAAAUUUGGCAGGAGAAUAGUCAAAGCUGUUGCCUACAGAGUCAAGGUCCUGCCUUCAGCUGCUAAAGAUACGACGACUGAGAACCCCAAGCAUAGCUCCAACGUCUCUAAUUCUCCCAUGGAGAACACUGCAGGGUCUGCACCGCUCAAAGUCAGUUCGAUAAUUUCCCUUGAGAAAUCUCCAUCAUACAAAGAGGUAGCAAUAGCCCCUCCAGGGACAAUCUCUAGGCUGCACGCAUGGGCACCACCGACUGAUGCUCCCGAUAGUAAACAUGAAGCUGGUACUGGAGAAUGUCAUGAAGACACAGCUAAAGACAAAGUAAUUGCAGACCCAAUGGCAACAGCAGUGGAAAGUACUCUUGAUGAGGAGAAGAAGGAUUCUCCAUCCGAUUCUGCUUUCGUAAUAGACGGAAUUGAGGUGAUAGAGAAGAAAGAAGAGACCCCAAAUGCUGAUGCUGUGGAGUUCGCUCAUCCUCUUGCAGUAUCUGACAGUGAAAGGCUAAGCAGCUCUGAGAUUGUAGCUGUGAAGGAUUCUCUUAGCAAUCGACCAUGUGACACGGAACUCUCGGCCAGUUUUCAAUCCCAUGAUACUUCAAGCAUUUGCACUCCUGAAGUGGAGGAUUUGAAGGAAAAAUCUGUCAUCUUGGAAUCAAACGAAGGGCGACGAUUCGCAUCUAAGAAACUCUCUGCAUCAGCUGCUCCAUUCAAUCCUCUUCCCACUGUUCCACGUACUGCACCAGUCACCAUCACAAUGACGCUCCCUCCUGCUCGAGGAGCUGUUCCACCAUGGCCAGUAAACAUGAGUCUUCAACCAGGUCCAGCUGGUGUCUUGCCUUCACCAGUUGCUCCACUGUGCUCCUCUCCCCAUCAACUGUACCCAUCACCUCCUCCGACCCCCAACAUGAUGCAGCCCUUGCCCUUCAUGUAUCCUCCAUUUACUCAACCUCAAGCAGUACCCACCAAUACCUAUCCUGUGACCACCAGUGCUUUUCAUCCCGAUCACUUUGCAUGGCAGUGCAACGUGAACCCUAACAUGUCAGAGUUCAUUCAUGGUCCAAUUUGGUCAGCUCCUCCAAUGGACUUCCCUCUUCCAUCGCCUAUUUCUGAGCCCACUGCUGACCUUAUAUUGGAGCCGAAAGUGCAGACUGGUGGCUCUGAACUGCCAAGCCCGCCUCCACUGCUGCCUGUGGACAUUGAAGGUGUAGACGAGCCCAAGAAAGAAGCCGAUAUUCAGACGUCUGAGGCAGUGGAUAAUGUGAAGCAAGUCGUAUGGGUUGGGUCAGAGAAUAAUAAGGAAAAUGGCCAAGCAAAGCCUCCUGGUCAUGAAACUGGCGUGAAAGAAAAUGUUGAAAGCAGCAGGGACAAAAAAGAUGAUAAUGAGAGAACAGUCAGCAUUUUAGUUAGGGGCAGGAGGAACCGGAAGCAGACGCUGAGGAUGCCCAUCAGUUUGCUCAGUCGACCAUACGGUUCUCAGUCUUUUAAAGUGAUAUACAACAGAGUAGUCCGGGGGAGUGAAGCUCCGAAGGCUACUACUUUUCCUCCCCCUGAAGCUUGUUCAGCUGCUACUACAUAACAUUGACUGUUUCUUCUCUCUUUCCAAGUGAAGCAGAAUCCAUGUGAGAAAGUGAAGAUGAGGAGUGAGAACCUCGCUAUAUCAAAACUAAAGAUCGGUUCUUAUUUUUCGAUCUUUCUUCUAGCUCACUUCUACUGUCAGCUCAGAUGUUACCGUUUCUUAAGAAGUGAGGUUGAAACAGGCGGCAGCUUUAUUUUUUCAAGACUGUCGAGGUCGGUUUUGAAUGUAGGCGAUUUUGUCUUAGCAUUUACUUUGGAUACCUAUUCUCUGCAGUAUAAAACCCAUAGCAUUUGCCAUUUGAAGAUGUUUCUUACGGUUGCCCAAGCUAUGACUUAUUUGUUCAUUUGAUCUAAAUGUAUAUGACUCUUGAUAUUCUUUUCA